AUGCCUAAAGCUAUUGUAUUCACCGACUUCGACGGAACUGUAACCCUUCAGGAUUCUAACGAUUACCUUACUGAAAACCUUGGGUUUGGUAGACCGCGUCGUCUUGAAAUCAACGACGAUAUCUUGGAUGAAAAGAUAACCUUCCGUGAUGGAUUCAGAGAUAUGUUAGAAUCAAUUCCUCUACCAUUCCCAGAAUGUAUAGAUUACCUCUUAAAGAAUAUUGACUUGGAUCCGGGGUUUGUUCAUUUUUACCAAUGGUGUGAGAAACAAGGCAUCCCUGUCGUUGUCGUUUCAUCUGGUAUGAAGCCAAUUAUCUACGCUUUAUUGAAGGGCUUAGUUGGACAAGAUGCAGUAGAGAACAUUGAGAUCAUUUCCAAUGAGGUUAAAAUUGAUGGAGAUAAAUGGGAAAUUGUAUUUAAAGACCCGGAGAGUGGAUUUGGUCAUGAUAAAUCAAAAUCCAUUAGGGAAUAUUUGGUGAAGCACAAUUAUUCACCGAACACCACCAAUUUGCAAACUGAUGGUAACCCAAUUUUAUUCUACUGCGGAGAUGGAGUUUCAGAUUUACUGGCUGCAAAGGAAACAAAUCUUUUGUUUGCCAAACAUGGUAAAGAUUUAAUCAAGUAUUGUAUUAGAGAAAACAUUCCAUAUACCGAAUUUGACAGUUUCAAAGAUAUUUUAGAGAAGGUGGUUAAGAUUGUUGAAGCUGAUGGGAAGAAUAUUGGUGAAUUUCUUGAGAAUUGA